AUACUAGUAAAUGACCCUCCCCAGGGGGCUCCAGCCUAUUUACAGAAGGGCACAAGCUCAGCCAGUCGAACUUCUCCCUGAAACGCAGGAUCCCUUCUCGGAAAGCCAGCAGGGCGCUUGCUUGGGCGAACUUCGCGCCUUGUUUCUUCUGUGCAGCUGGGCCGUGAGCAGAGAUAAAGCGUCAGAAAGCAGAGCUGGGCCAGGCGGGGCCUGGUGGCGAAGGCCGUGGCGCGGCUUUGUUCUUCGGCGACGACUCCUGGAGGCGCAGCGGCUGCUCAGAGGCCGCCAUGGCCCGCCUGCUCCGAAGACUUCCCGGCGUGCAGCUCCUGCUCGUUCAGGCGGCGCCCCGAGCUGGCGGCAGCAGCAGCGGCUGGCUGGGCUCCCGCUCCGCUCACUCCGACACGGAUAAAGACACAGGCUCUCUGACAAGAUAUGAUGAAUCACAUCUUACCACUGACUGGCAAAAGAAACUGACUCCUGAGCAAUUCUAUGUCACAAGGGAAAAAGGAACUGAAUUGCCUUUUAGUGGAAUCUACCUGUCUAACACGGAGCCUGGGAUGUAUCACUGCAUCUGUUGCGAUGCCCCACUGUUCAGUUCGAAGAAGAAGUAUGACUCUGGCACUGGAUGGCCUUCCUUUUCAGAGGCACACGGGACAUAUGGAACCGAUGAAAGCAAUACUAAUAUCCUGAGACGGCCUGAUAACUCACUAGGAUCAACCAGCACAGAAAUCCUUUGCAAGCAGUGCGAUGCUCAUCUCGGCCACGUCUUCGAUGAUGGUCCUGAGCCGUCUGGGCAGAGGUUCUGCAUCAACAGCGCUUCAUUAACAUUCAAACCAAGCUCAAGCCACUGAGGCAUGCCAGUUCACAACCUGCACAUCAACACUGCUGUGAUGCUCAGAUCUUGUUCACCGCAGAGAACCACCUAGGAAAUUUAUUAGGAGCCAGCUGGCCGUAGAUAAUGUGCUUAUUUCAUGUACAUAUUAGUUAAAAAGUAAUUAGCCCUCUUGUGGUGGGUGCCAAGCCAUUGAUGUGAGAAGUACUGUGUUUAUUCUGUGAUGGCACAUGAUCCUUUGAUGCUUUUGCCCUGAAAUAGCCUCAGUUGCAUUCUUAUAGAUGUGCGCACAAAGGUCUUGCGCACACAAGCUGUUCUAUUAAAUCCAGGCCAGGUAGCAGGUCCACAUGGGCAAAAGAAUGCACAUGCUGCAUUUGUCACACAAUUAAAGGUUGUUUUUACCUGA